CGGGGACCUGCCGGUCGGCUUGCCCUGGGAUCUGGCAUUCAGCUUCCCUGGGGACCUGGCGGUCAGCUUCCCCGGGGACCUGGCUUACACCAGACUGGGCUCCUCCCGCCUGAAACCCCGGAUGGGCCGCAGUCCUGUGCUAAGGGAGUGUCCAGGUCCUUCUGAUGCCGGCAGUUAGAGACCCACUGAGGCGUAAGCAAAAGAGCCUCGGAGGGUUGCAAGAAGGGAGUCUUACCACGUUCCCACAUUGAUCACCACGAAGUCAGGACAGUGGGAGAUGACGAGAGAGCUGGAAAGAACGUUCCAGGUGAUUCAGUAACGGUCCAGGUGACUUAGCAGACAAGGGAACAGGCGGUGGGAACAGGCUCGCCGGAGACCCACACCUAACCUGGGACAAGGCAGGUCAGGGAGCUGGGGCUCAGCGUCCCCACCCUAUGCUGGCGUUGGGGUGCACAACGCGCCCGCCGCCCGGGGAGGGGAGCAGCCCGGCAGGAGCCUUCCACGCCUUUCUACCUGGGCAAACGGGGCAGAUAGAGUAAAUCAGGCAUCUGACGGAGGACUUCGCGGCUCGGUUUCCAUGCCGAUGAGAUCAUUUCUUUCAACACCGCAGUAUUUUAAGAACAUUUUUCAUGCGGAAUUCAGAUUCAAACUCCAUCUGUCGGAGCACUCUCGCCAUGAUAGGUGCAUGCGGAAGGCGGGCAGAGGCGUCUCCCUGUGCCCCGCCUGGGGCCUCAGCCCCGACCCCCGCGUUUCCGUCCCACAGACCGGGCUCUCGGGGAACCUGAUCCUGCUGUCGGUGCUGUACAAGGGCGGCCUGCUGAUGGGCAGCGCCCACAUGACGGUGGGCGAGCUCUCUUCCUUCCUCAUGUACGCUUUCUGGGUCGGCCUGAGCAUCGCAGGUCUGAGCUCUUUCUACUCCGAGCUGAUGAGAGGCCUGGGCGCUGGCGGCCGCCUGUGGGAGAUCCUGGAGAGACGGCCCGAGCUGCCGUUGGACGGUGGGUCCGCUGUGGGUGUCCCUCUGCUGCUUGGGACCGUCAGGCCAGCUCCCUGUUCUGCCUGUGAUGGAUGAGUGUGACAAGGACGUCUCCGCUGCCCUGCCACGUGGCCUGGAAAGGGUCCUCAGAGGGGCCGGCAGCGAGAGAGGGGGGACAGUCCCUGGAAGCACAGGGCUGACCACGUGGGGCACCUCCCAGCAGGGGAUUCGUCCCCACCCACAGCAGGGUGGCCUGGAGGGCGGCCUCCCUGGUGACUCCGGGGCGGUGGCAGAGGAGAGGCGCGGCCAUCACAGUGCAGAGGCCUCUAGACUCAGCCUGGGUGGGCGGGGCUGGCGGCGGCUACAUCGCGGGUCCAGAGCCACCCGCUGCCUCCCUGGUGCUGGGGACAGAGCCCUGAGCGUCCCCACCCUCACCGGCCCCAGGGCUGCAGGGCACAGCAUGCCUCCCGGGUGGGUGGCAGGUGAUCCCAGGGCGGCAGGGAC